AUGGAGGCUAGGACAUUAACCAGACCGGCGACUGCGCUGGCAACCCUCCUCCGCCAGCAGACUGCCUCGGCCGCCACGACCGUCCCCCGACUUCCUCCCGCCCUCGGACCCCCGCCGCCGCGCGAACCUCUCCUCCCUCUUCGCCAGCUCCUCGGCAGCAACAUCACAAACGACGUCGUCCGGUUCCUCGUCGGCCGCGAGGCCCCUCCCCCGGCCCUCAACGUCCCCUCCCGCGGCUCCAACCCGCGCUACCACCUCUCCCGCGAAGACGUCGCCGAGAUCCGCCGCCUCCGCGCCGAGGACCCGGGCUUCUGGAGCGUCACCGCCCUCGCGCGCAAGUUCGACUGCUCCGAGACCUUCAUCACCAUCUGCACGCCCGCGCCCCGCGAACACAAGGAACGCCUCGAGCGCAAGCUCGAGGGCGUCAAGAGCCGCUGGGGUACUAUUCGCACCAAGGCCCGCGAGGACCGCUCCCGCCGCAAGGAGAUGCUCUUCCGCGGCGAGCUGUAA